AUGUCGUCCAGCAACGACAGCGAGUCGUUCGACACUCUUUCCCUCGCCGAGACAGACGGCCUGUCUGAUUUCGAGCUGGUCGACGUCGACAACGACGACGUACGCUUCCUGGCUUCGUCGUCCAUCGGCUCGGACGCUGCCAGCAUGGCUUCCGACGUCGAAACCACUCCACCGAGUCCGCAGAUGGACGCUUCUCACUUUCAUUUCCCCGAUCCUGCUUCGGUCUUUCAAGACGAACAGCUCAGCCUCGAGUCCAGCUCGCUGUACACCCUCUUGGCGCCGUCUGAGCACAACCAACAGACCGAAUCGCUGCAACCGAGCCACGAAAACAAGGCACAGGCAUCGACACAGCCUAUGCACUCCGCUGCCGCAUCCAUCGUCGACCUUGGCAUCAUCGAAAAGAUGGAGUUCUUGCGUGAAUCUGAGCACAAGCAGGCCGGCCCCUCGCAGCCGCAUCGCAGAGCCGCAGCUGUGGCACCCAAGGCUGUUUGGCUGGUGGCUUUGGUCGCAGCCAUGCUUCUCGGCUUCAAGUCGAGCUCCCUUCUUGGUCUCUCGCCCCGAGCCCACAUCGCACAGUACGAAUCAAUCGCAAAGUUCGCUACACCUUCGCAGCACCCGCUCACCAACGCCGCCGUCCUAGCGACCCGACCCGCAUCCUCUCUGGGCGUAACGUCCAGCCCAUCUGCUUCCAGCCUUGCCACCAACAAGACGACCAAACAAGCUCGCGCCUACGCCAUUCCUGGUUGUGCGGUCCAGAAGGCCGAUCCUGCAACCAAGGGCCUCACCGUUUUUACCCCGUCUUGGUCCCACUCGAGCAAAGUCCGCGAUCCAGUCAAGUCCUCGAACCUUGGCAGCAAGAAUGCCAGAGCAAAGCGGUACGCCGGAUUUGCGGGUCAACUGGCUUUCAAUCUGCACCCUGACUCGCCUGUCUUCCCAUCGCUGCCGCGUUCCUCCUACCUCGACAACGCCACCACCACGACGUGGGCCUUUUGGCUGGCACGGCUCGACGAUGUGUACGAGCGUUCCCUGCGACCUGCCAUCUCAGCAGCCAAGGACCAAAUUUUCGAGGCGGCGCGACUCGUUCAGCAGUAUCAUCGGGAUCAAGUGCUGCCAACCUAUGCCUGUUUGCGCCAACAUGCGCUCAUUGCAGCCCAGCGAACUGCCGAGGUUACCUCGCACUACAACCAAGACCAAGUUCGUCCCGCUUUCGCCUUUGUGCGCGGGCACGCAGCCAAAUCUGCGCAGCGCUCCGCAAAGUACCGCGAAAAGGUCAUUCUACCCGCGUUGGCACAAUUCCGUCGUCAGGCCGCUGAUGCGGCAAAGUCGACUUCCGAGGAGCUGCAUAAGGCGGCAAAGCGAACAGCCCGCAUGACAUCGCAGUACAGCGAGCAACAGCUUCGCCCGGCGUUUGCCUCGAUAUACCAGCAAGCAACCGAGGCUGCACAACACACGGUCGAGUAUCGCGAGAAAGUCGUCGCCCCGGCCCUCGCACAAUUCCGCCUGCAGGCCAUUGACGCGGCCAAAACCACCUCAGAGGGGCUCAACAAGGCGGGCAAGCGCUUCUCCGAUGAAGCGGGUCCGACUGUGCAGCAGUUCAAAGAGGUCGCUUACGUCAACUUGGAAGCUCUUGGCGUCGAUGAGUACGUCGGGUUCAUGUUGACCAGUCUCAGGGCGGCCACGCAGAGUCUGCGCAGCACGAAGCAGAGCAUUUGA